AUAGUGCCAACCACCUCAUUUCUGUCGCAGCCGAAAAACCCUUAUUGCUCACUUCUCUCCCCAAAACAACGCCUUCUCCUCUGCUUAAGUGCUGCUGGAGCAUAGGCUCUUUCGCUCUCUCUCCUCCUCUUCCUGUAGCCAUCAAUGGCCGCGACGCCACCAUCUUCUAGUGUAAGCCCCAAAACAGUAGACAAAGCUGUAAACGCUCUACUGAAAUGGCGAGCUGCCAAAUCCAAAACUCAGAAACCUCAAUUGCUAGAAAACGAUGAAUACGUAUACCUAAUUUUAACCCUUAAAAAAAUCCCACAAAAGGGUGUUAGCCGCAUCAAUCCCCACAAAAUCUCUCUCCCUAACCCCUUAAUUAACCCUCAAAACGACAGCUCCGAACUGUGCUUAAUCAUCGAUGACAGACCCAAAUCCGGCCUUACCAAAGACGCUACUAAGAAGAAGAUCCAAAACGAGAACAUACCCAUCUCCAAAAUCAUCAAGCUGUCCAAGCUCAAGACUGACUACCGUCCUUUUGAGGCGAAAAGGAAACUCUGCGAUUCGUAUGAUAUGUUUUUUGCAGAUAAAAGGGUGAUCCCUCUCUUGCCUAAGAUGCUGGGGAAGCAGUUUUUCAAGAAGAAGAAGAUUCCGGUGGCAGUGGAUUUGAAGCACAAGAACUGGAAGGAGCAGAUUGAGAAGACAUGUUGGUCAGCUUUGUUGUUUCUGAGGACUGGAACUUGUAGUGUGGCUAAGGUGGGAAGGAUUUCAAUGGGGAGAGAGGAGAUAGUGAAUAAUGUUGUGGCUGCUAUAAAUGGGAUUGCGGAGAUUGUGCCUAGGAAGUGGGGUGGUAUUAGGUCUUUCCAUUUGAAGUUGCUUGAUAGCUUGGCUUUGCCCGUUUAUCAGGCGCUUCCUGAUUUGAAGUUGAAGAUUGAAGGGGUUAAGGAAGAGGAGGAAAAGGCGGAAGAGGUUGAGAAAGAGAUGGUUAAGGAGGAGAAAGUGACGAAGAAGAAGGGGAGGAUACAUGAGAUUAGGUAUAUGGAUAAAAAUGUUGAUGAGGAUGAUAUCGAGUUGAACAAUUAUGGUGAAGGAAAUGUUGAUGAUUAUGGUGAUAAUGAGGGUAAAAAUGGCUCCCUUGAAGUAGAGGUUAAGAAGAGAAAGAAGGGAGAUAAAGGGAACAAUGAGAAGAUAACUAAAGUGAAGAAAGAGGAUGGCAUCAAGCGAAAGAAAAAUGUAGAAAAAGCAAAAAAUGAGGAUGGUGCUAAGCAAAAGAAGCACAAGAAAGAUCAGUUGGCUUCAGCAAAAUUGAAGUGAGAGCUGCGAAGCUUUUAGCAGAAUCAAUGUUGAGGAUUUUUAUCCUUUGAAUUUUUGGUAUGAGGUUUGAUUUUUUUUUUUUUUUUGGUAUUUCUAUUUUUCAGUACUGUCAGUGAGAAGUUAUUAGAACCUAAUUCACAAAUUUUCUGCAACUCCCUCUCUUUCUUUUCAUUUUCUUGAAAUAACUUAUUGCAUUUUUAUUUUUAUAA